AUGGGUAAAUCUUUGGCUGAACAGAUUGCAGAAAUCGCUAAUAAACCUCAGGUCGAAGACUUUGAUAUUGAAAAUGAGGAUGCUGUAUUCCAACACGGCGGGUCCAACUCAGGUUCGGACGUUGAUUCCGAUGAGGAAAAGGAUGAAUUGAAAAAGCAGCACUAUGUUCCGGUGGGUAAAUCGAAACUUAGGGAGGCUGCUGAUCAAGGGUUAGCCUUGAAGGAUAAAAAGUAUAUUGGUAGUAAAGGAUCUAGGGCCUCGGUUUUCAAUGAUGAGGAUCUGAAAAUGCCUGUGCAUGAAGGCGAUUCCGAGUCUGAGCUCGAAGAAUCUGAUUCUGGGGUAGAUCUUGACGCACACUCUGAAUCUGAAUCUGAAUCUGAAUCUACUUCUGAAGCCGAUUCAGACUCUGAAGAGCUUAGCGAUGCUGAAGACGAAGAAGAAGAUGAAGAAACUGCUACAAAGAAAAAAAGAUUAGCAAUGUUAGUCCAGAAACAGACAAAGUCAGUGUCUCGUAGUUUGGCAGAAUCUGUUCAAAAGGACGCUUCAAAGGGUUAUGCUAUCAUUCGUCAAAACAAGUUUUUCGAUAAAGUUUUGGAUUCGAGAAUUAAAUUACAGAAAGCACUCAGCGCAUCAAACCAACUACCAGCUUCGGAGGAAUCCUGGGAAAAACUCUUGGAUGAAAAGAAUACAAAACUAUUGAAUAGCACAUUUAAAAUCCUGGAAAAAGUCAUGACUCAAUGUAUUGCAGUGAGACACAAAUUCCAAGAAGGUGACCAUAUAGAUCAAAGUGAAACACCAUCAAGUUUUGACACAACUAGAAAGAGAUCAUUUAAGGAACUUCAUGAAGAGAAAAUAAAAUUGGAUGCAGACUUGAAAGUGUACCGUUCUGCAGUGCUUAACAAAUGGUCUGCCAAAGUUAAUGCAUCCUCGGGCAAGUCUCUCCUCCAAUCCUCUAAGUUCAAGAGUAUCAAUCAAUCAGCUGAAGUUCAAGUAGAAAACCAAUUGGCUGAUAUGCCUAGACUUUUAAAAAGAACAAAACUUAACAGAAGUAACGUAAAACCAUUGUUAUUUGAAGAGGACAUCAAGAAAGGCAAUUUGAAGGAGCUAAAAGAAGACGCAAACAAGGAUGAAGAUGAUGACGAAGAUGAAAAUCCAGAUAUCCCAAAGAAUUAUGAUCCAAGAAGAAAGGAUAACAAUGGAUUGGACUUCACAGAAAAUCCUUAUAUAUACGAUGACGAAGAUUUCUAUAGGGUGUUAUUGAAUGAUCUUGUGGAAAAGAAAAUUGCCAAUUCCCAACAGCAAGGUAAUGGUAUCACUUUAGCUAUUACAUCCCGUUCGGAAAACAAGCUGAGAAAAAACAUCGAUACAAAGGCUUCAAAGGGUCGUAAGCUAAACUACAGCAUCCAGGAACCAAUAGCGAACUACGAAGCUCCAAUCGGAUCAGGAUAUAAAUGGUCUGAUGAACAGAUUGAUGAAUUCUUUGCUGGUUUAUUGGGCCAAAGAAUCAACUUUAACGAGGAUGAACAAUCUGAAACUGAAACAACAGAACACAACGAAGAAUCAGAAGCCAUCAAGAAUGAUGACAUCAAAAUCUUUGGGUAG